CAUAUAGGCCCAACUCCGCGGAUAAUCUCUCCCUCCAGCAGGUGGUGUUUCGCCCAUCAAGCAAUACGUUUUGUAUGACGAGUGUCAACAACAAAAAAGAAACGGCUUAUUUGCUACAUGAGUUUUAUUUGAUCGAAUAUGCAUGUAAUUUGUUACGAGUGUACUGCUGUAGGACACGUGACUCCCAGGAAACAGAAAAAACACUUAUCGGAGUUGUCUCGAUGGUAAUGCAUAUUCAUGUCAUGGAGGCUAGUCGCACAGCGUCUCUGUCCAUUGAAUACUUGCGGCUGACGUCAACCCGUACCGAAUAUUUAAAAGGUGUUACAAUAAUGGGAUGUAUCCACCAAUCCAAAGCCUUAACUGGACAACCCGCUUUGUGGAUAACGACCCCCACUAUUAGGGCGGAGAGACAUGUAUAUCCAUCAUCUUUGUCAAUGACAAUUUACCCAAUUUAACCACUACAUCCACCAGUCAGAGAGCAUAACCGAUCUUAGAUCAGCGCCCUGGAGCAAACUAUCGCUGAACAGCGGCAGUCGUGUGAUAGCGACUGUUGCUUUUGUUAGCAAAAUGGCGACAAGCGGAGAAGCCCCGGAAUCUUGGUAUCUGGCUCUGCUUGGCUUUGCGGAACAUUUUCGCACCUCAAGUCCCCCCAAGAUCCGUCUCUGCGUCCACUGUCUGCAGGCGGUGUUCCAGUUUAAGCCGCCGCAGAGGGUCGAAGCCCGAACUCAUCUCCAACUGGGCUCGGUACUCUACCACCACACCAAGAACACGGAACUCGCCCGGAGCCACUUGGAGAAAGCGUGGUUCAUAUCACAACAAAUCCCUCAGUUUGAAGAUGUCAAAUUUGAGGCUGCAAGUCUUCUGUCAGAGCUCUAUUGCCAACAGCUGCUUUUGCAUAAUCUGGUUGACUCUGCAAAGCCCUUGCUGCGGAAGGCCAUUCAGAUCUCCCAACAGACUCCCUACUGGCACUGCAGAUUACUCUUCCAAUUGGCGCAACUGCACACGCUGGAGAAGGAUCUAGUGUCAGCCUGUGACCUCCUGGGGGUCGGGGCAGAGUAUGCCCGUGUAGUGGGCUCCGAGUACACCAGAGCCCUCUUUCUUUUGAGUAAAGGAAUGCUGCUGAUGGAGAGGAAGCUGGGGGAGGUGCACCCCCUGUUGACUCUGUGUGGGACCAUCGUGGAGAACUGGCAGGGAAACCCCAUCCAGAAGGAGUCUCUCAGGGUCUUCUUCCUGGUGCUGCAGGUCACACACUACCUGGACGCUGGACAGGUGAAGAGUGUGAAGCCGUGUCUGAAGCAGCUGCAGCAGUGCAUCCAGACCAUCUCUACACUCCACGACGAUGAGAUCCUACCCAGUAACCCUGCCGACCUGUUCCACUGGCUGCCCAAGGAGCACAUGUGUGUCCUCGUCUACCUGGUGACAGUCAUGCACUCCAUGCAAGCAGGCUACCUGGAGAAGGCCCAGAAAUACACAGACAAAGCUCUGAUGCAACUGGAAAAGCUCAAAAUGCUGGACUCCAGCCCCAUCCUCUCCACGUUCCAAGUCAUCCUACUGGAACACAUCAUCAUGUGUCGACUCGUCACUGGUCACAAGGCCACGGCACUGCAGGAGAUCUCUCAGGUGUGUCAGCUGUGCGCUCAGUCUCCAAGGUUGUUCACCAACCACGCAUCCCAGCUACACACCCUGCUAGGUCUGUACUGCAUCUCCGUGAACUGCAUGGAUAACGCAGAGGCGCAGUUCACUGCUGCCCUGCGGGUGAGUGACCUGACGACGCACCAGGAGCUAUGGGCGUUCAUCGUGACCAACUUGGCCAGCGUCUACAUUAGGGAAGGCAACAGGCACCAGGAGCUUUAUAGCCUGUUGGAGAGGAUAAACCCAGAUCACAACUUCCCUGUCAGCUCUCAUUGUCUGCGAGCAGCAGCCUUCUACAUCCGUGGACUGCUCUCCUUCUUCCAGGGACGAUACAAUGAGGCCAAGCGGUUCCUGAGGGAGACUCUGAAGAUGUCCAAUGCCGAAGACCUGAAUCGUCUGACCGCAUGCUCUCUGGUCCUACUGGGCCAUAUCUUCUAUGUGCUGGGGAACCACCGGGAGAGCAACAACAUGGUUGUUCCAGCUAUGCAGCUGGCCAGCAAGAUCCCCGACAUGUCAGUCCAGCUCUGGUCCUCAGCUCUGCUCAAGGGUAAGAUGACGUGGGUGGGUGGGUGGGUGGUACUGACUGGGACUGUGGUACUGACUGGGACUGUUUUCCUCCCCGUAGAUCUAAACAAGGCGUGUGGGAACACGAUAGAUGCCCACGAGGCGGCUCAGAUGCACCAGAACUUCUCCCAGCAGCUCCUGCAGGACCACAUUGCUGCCUGCAGUCUCCCUGAGCACAACCUCAUCAGUUGGACGGAUGGACCACCUCCAGUGGGCCAGUUUCAGGCACAGAACGGACCCACUACCAGCCUGGCCAGCCUACUCUGAGCACCACCACGCCAUGACCGGAUGAGAGGGGAAGGGACCGGUAGGAGGAUGGAAGUGAAGGGAAAGAAAAGAAGAGGGAGACUCGUAAUGCUGCUGAUCUGCAUACAGCCUGGAUGCCGGUCUGUUUGAACAUUGUUGUUACCAUGCCAACGAGAAGCGCUAACUAAUGCUGAAAUGGAAUACUACAGAGAGAACCACCGGCCAUUUAAUGAAAGUAGAGUACCUUAGAGUUGAAACCUCACAUCUAAUCUUAUUUUUUUUCUCAAGUUUUUACUGAUAUCCACAUGGCAGUCAAAGCUAGCUUUUUGGUCUAGCCGGUGGUGUGUAUGGUUGACUUUGAAUUGCUGACAACAAGGGUUCCGUAGAAGGUUUUUACACACAGAGAAAAGACACCGCCCCUACCCCAAGCUCAGAGCAGAACAAUAAACCAGUGAGAAGACAAGUCACUGGAGCGAGAGAACUUUAAAACAUGGUUAGGUCCUACACAACAGUCCUAGUGGGCAAUAAAGGCAUUGGAUUGGGUGAAUAUUUUAGUCGUUUUUAUUAUUUUGUGUUUUUACUUAACUUUUAAUGGCAGCGGUGUUGGCACCCCCCUUUUUUCCGCAUCUAAAAAGUAUUGUCUGCCUGAACUCUACUACAGUACCCAUUGCAGCCAGAGGGGGGCACUGCAUAGUCAUAUUUGAGAAACCUGUUGGUGAAAUGGCAAAGGACACUUAGUUGUAUUUUAUGAAACAGUUUUUUAAAUGGUGAUAGGUUUUUCAAGAAUACCACAAUUCUUAUUCACUGUGUAAUUAUAUGUUAAAGUCACUUUUCUUUGAAAUUAUUUUCCAGACUUACAAACCAUUUUGCAAUGACACCUAUGUGUUGUAAAUAUUACCAAUUUAUUUUACCAAAUGGAAUCAUUUAUUAGAUUUUGUAAAGUUUAACUAUUUAUAUACCAGGUUUGACAAUAUAUUAGUUUCACCUUUCUUUCUUUAUGCAGAUAUGUUUUUGUAAUAUGGCAUGUAAACAUUUAGACUUUUUUCCCAUUGUGUAUUUUGCUGUUUCUUAUGAGUGAUUUAAACAUGUAGAAGCUAGGUUUGGUCAGUUGUGGCGCAAACUGGUCGAGCUACGACAGCCUUAUCAAGUCUUUUAUACUAUGGGGUUAUUAUGGGUUGGUUAUUUUCUUUGCUGGUAUUGUUUUAAAUCAUUCAAAAAGUUAUCAAGAAAAGUGUCAAAUAGAAUUGCUAAAGGAAAUUGAGUUAUUUUUGCAUUCAUUUAAAAAAAUAAAAAGAAUGCUGAUCUGAACACUCCAA